GAGAACAGCGAAUCGCUCUUCAGUCGAGCGAAGAACGCGAUUCGAAAUGGACACGGAUGAGAAAAAGGCGGGCACCUCGGGUCCGGGGACCUUUCACGACGAAGUCGACUUCACCAGCGGUUACGAAACCCAAUAUCGAAAGGAGUAGCCCCUAAAACCGAUCUACGUACCGCCACCGGAUAAAAAACACGCCUGGUAUCGCAACUGGUCGACCAUCCUGAUGAUAGUUUUCCUGGCCGCCGUUUUCCUUCUGGGAACUGUGAUGCUGGUGGUCCAGGUUUUCACCGCCAGUCCCCUGCAGAUCCUAAUGAUCGUGGCCAUAUAUGUGGCUAUAGCUGCCGUUAUGAUCUGGCUGGAGGUGCAGUCCAUAAAAGUGCGGUGAAAUAACGAAUUCAGUGACUAACUUUCUGCGUUAUCGCUUAAAAAUGCUGAGCUAUUUUUCAACGGCGGCAAUCGAACUGUGUUGUGCAAACAAAUUGAUGGCUUAACUAAAAGGAAACGACUUUACUGAUUAUGAGCUAAGAACCAAAACCCCACGAUUUAAAAUAAGUUCAAAAUAAAGAGAGAAAAAAUCCUUAAAA